ACGUAAGAGGACAAAGGGUAACGUCAGAAGGUUGGUCUUUAUUCAUCAACUACGUGUCGUAGGAUUGCCAUGCAGAAGUGCCACCACCUACCGUCUUCUUGAUGUCUAUCACCUUAGAUCUAGCCUUUGCAACGUAUAAAAUCCAGAUUGUCUGAAUAUAAUUAAUUACCUUUCUUUCACAGCUAGCUAGCUAGCUACCUUUGAUCAGAUCGAUCUCUAGUAAAGUACCCCACCAAUUAAAGGAAAUUAACGAUAUCAUGAUGGCGUUGUUGGAUCUAAUUCACAAGUUCUUGAACGUAGUAGCUCCUCCCUUCACAUUCUUUUCCCUCUGCCUUCUCUUGCCACCCUAUUCCUUUUUCAAGCUCUUACUCUCCUUCUUUAACUUCAUUUUCAGUGAAGAUUUGGCUGGAAAGGUCGUUCUCAUUACCGGUGCUUCCUCCGGCAUCGGGGAGCAUUUGGCUUAUGAAUAUGCAAAGACUCACAAGAGAGGGGCUCGCUUAUCCCUUGCUGCCAGGAGGGAAUCUUCGCUUCGGGAAGUAGUUGAUCGAGUGCUUGAUUAUGGCUCCCCUGAUGUUCUUAUGAUCCCUGCAGACGUAUCCAAUGUCGAGGACUCUGCACGAAUUGUUGAGGAAACCAUGAACCAUUUUGGUAGAUUGGAUCAUCUGGUGAAUAAUGCUGGGAUCAAUUCCGUCUGCAUGUUUGAAGAGGCAACUGAUAUUACUGCCUUUAAAACCAUUAUGGAUACAAACUACUGGGGCUCUGCUUAUACCACACGUUUUUCUCUUCCAUAUCUCAGAGAAAGUAGGGGCAAGAUAAUAGCCCUUGCUUCUUCUGCCGCAUGGUUGCCUACGCCCAGAAUGAGCUUCUAUAAUGCAAGCAAAGCUGCAAUGGUAAUUUUUUACGAGACAUUGAGGCUUGAGAUCGGGCCUGAGAUAAAAAUCACAAUCGUGACACCCGGAUUCAUGGAGUCUGAAAUGACCAAAGGCAAGUUCUUAUUGAAGGAUGGCAAAAUGGAAGUUGAUCAAGACUUGAGAGAUGUUCAAUUAAGCGUGAUUCCUGUGGAGACGGUAGGGGCGUGUGCUGCAGCAAUAGUGAAGAGUGCUUGCAGGGGAGAUAGAUACUUGACAGAGCCAGCCUGGUUCAAAGUCACCUAUUUCUGGAAGCUGUUUUGCCCUGAGGUCAUCGAGUGGUGCUACAGAUUGAUGUAUAUGAACAGUUCACCCCUAGAAGCCCCCAGCAAGAAGAUAUUGGAUCUCACGGGUGCCAAGAACAUACUCUAUCCACCUACACUACACACCUCUGUGAUUAAGACUGACUAAAUUCAAGCUGUGUACUGUUACGUGAUAGUUACGGUUCAAUGGUGAUUGUAGGAGUUAAUUUUCAGUUGUAUGUGUGUUCAGUAUGCUUGAAGUUAACUUGUGUUCUAUAUCUCAUCUUUUUUAGGGAAGUUAGUUAGGAAGUUUUGAGUUAUGGGUCUGUAAACUUGCUUUCGCAAUAAAGCAUUUGGGAGUCGUGCAUGUACAAAAGUAAAUUUUACUGCAA